AUGGCAAUCUUCACUUCCCCUGAGCCCGCCACUGGGGGAUUUCCAUCUGGAUACAUCCUAUAUAGAGGCUUCCUCUCGCCUGGCAGGAUGGCAGCUGAACUUGACGCGACUGCCCGUACAACCCGGCAUGCCGCUGCUGUUCGUCCCCGGACUACUCGUCCACCUCGACCUGCCGCCCCUGUUCGUCCCCGGGCCUCGCCCACAGCCCGACCCCUCACCCUGACACCUCUCCAAUCAGUCCAUCCUUCCCCAACUACUUAUGUUCCUGGUCGCGGCCCCGGUCGAAGAUCAGCCAACGUGCCUUACGCCAACCCUGCCUUCAGAGAGGCUUCUCAAGCAACUCGUCGGGCACAUUAUGUAAAUGACAGCUCGAAUUGUGAGGCCACUCCUUCUCGACGUAGGGUUCGGCUACCUUCCGAAGACUCUGAUUCGGAUGACCAGCCUUUGGCUCAAAGACGUCGUCGUAGGGCCCCCGACCCUGUGCCAGACUCAGGCCCUUCCACUAUUCUUCUGACGCCUCGUACUGCAACCACCACUUCUCCUUCACCUCCUAUUGCAACCCCGUCUCCUGUCCCGAGCCAAGCAGAUGCUCCCCCUGCUCCAUUCGCGGUGCUGGUUAAGUCUCCACCAGUUCACCCUUCCACCUUGCAGCAGCACAAGAGUAGCGAAGCUGGCCCAUCACCAGUUACCUCGCCGCCAGAGCCUUCUCAUGUGCCCCCUUUAGCUCCUUCUGAGUCAGCUGCUGGGCCUUCCGGAUCAGCUGCAGGGCCCUCACAACCUCCACCACCUGUUCAUCACUAUUAUAAUACCACUACUCCCUCUGAGGCUGGGUUACAGUCACAGCAGGAUGUUCCCACCAGCUCCUUGACAAUGAAAGGUCGCUUAGCCACCUUGUGA